UUCACGACCCUCAUCUCUUUAUCAAACUCUAUCUAUCUCUCUUUCUCUCUCUCUCUCUCUAGAACAUAACAAUGGUACUUCCAGUGAGCAAGUGUGUAGGGCAUGCAAGCUCAUACAAGAGCUCAGUGGCUGAUGGGUUGAGAAUUCUUAUACAGAUCUCACAGGACAAAUCCAACAAUGUUGUGAUUAAACCAAGUUUAAAAUUGAACAAACCCACUUUUCAAUUGAAUCAAAUCCCACCCAACUCUCUUGAUCAAUAUUCUUGCUUUCUAAAAUCAUGUCAUCUAUGCAGAAAGAGUCUCAGCCCAGAUAAAGAUGUCUACAUGUACAGGGGUGAUCAAGGUUUUUGUACCAUAGAGUGCAGGAACAGGCAGAUUUAUCUGGAUGAAAUGAGAGAAAUUGAAAUUUCAACCAACAAAAUUGUGAAAUCUUUUAGACAUGGUCAGCACACAACUGGCCGGUGUGAGACUCUCGACCUCCUGGAGGAAUUUCGGCAGCGGCGCAACCCACUCUCUCGUGAGAACAAUCCAGCAAUAUUCUCAUAUAGCUAAUACCAUCUUUGUAUUUUUCAUUAUUAUUAUUUUUUUUCAAAUGAGUUUUUGGAGAUCUAAAUGUGGAAUUGUGUUACACAUAUAAUUACUCAUGAUAUAAAGAUAAAUUUUAACCCAA